CCGCACAUCUUGCGUCUAACCAAAAAAAGAAGUAGCCCAGGCUCCGUGCAUUCUCCGUGCGUGGAAAAACGAAGCUCUAGACUUCUUAGCAGAAAUUCUCCAGCAAAGUUGAAUUAAACCCGGUGCUGAAAGGAUGUGGAACCAGUGAACGAUUCCGGGCACCCGGAAUAAUCGAUCAGAAAGUAUCACGACGAAGGCGAUUUGAGAACGUGAAAAUUCGUCAUUCCGGCCAGUCAGCCACUAGAAGCGCCUCUGUGUGUGCGAAAGAAAUACACACCACACAAGGGGCAUAUCAGCAGCAGCCAGCAGCCAGCAGUAGCAGAAGCAAUAUAUCGAACUUCGGCAGUGAGAAAAGUCGAGGAAAAUUUUGCGGCCGUGUUGGUUGGUUUGGUGACUGAUAGAAGCCAACACUCGACGGGAAGACACGGGUUAUUCUGACUAACGAAAGCGGCUGCCUGCUAAGAAACAUAAACUCUACCCUACCAAAAUCAAAGCAGCCAAGGCUUCAGAGCACUCUGUACAGCUCGUACUGGUAGCAUUUUCACACUGGGAAACCCAACCGUGCAUAAGGAAAGGAGCAAUGAAUUUUUGCUUUCUGCGGCGGGUGUCGCCACCGAAAUUUGAAUUCCAUUUUUCGUCAGGCUUGGGUGGCGUGCGGCGUCGGGAGAGCCAUUAUUGAGCAUCACAACUACCCAACGCGGGCAACAUGAAUUGCACUGCACGACGACGACGGCGAAAUGAUUCUGGGCACCAACACCAACAACACUGCUAUGAAUCGUUCUGACAUGGCCUUCAAGCUACUACCAGCACUAUCAUCGGACGCAAACGAAGGCCAUUUCGAUUAUUACCGCAUUGGUGGUGAUCCACCGGCCCCCAACGCCGUUGGAAGGGCAGAAACAUCAUCUUUACCAAUGCCGAUUGUUUUGGCGGAUCAACACAGCUUUUCCUCGGUGCCUACCACUGUUACUGCAUCAUUCGAAGACAGUCGUAAAGUGGAUUGUUUUUCUCAGUUACUUGCAUCGAUCGCAACCACCAUUUACCACCGUGCGACAGUGCGCUGCUAAAAAUUCUUCGUGUCCUAUGCAUGAACAUUGUUUGAUAGGAGAUAAUACGGCAAUAGCAGCAGCAGAGCCGGGAUUUGAAAAACCCCACAGCGACUCUAAAAAGUGAUAACAGCCCUGCGUUCUAGCGGCCGCCGCGUACAACUACAUCGAGAAAGCAGCGUACGCGCGGCAGGAUAAACAGAGAAAGAGUGUGUUUGUGUGUGUUUAUGUGUGCCCGUUUGUUGUGUGUGAUGUGUGAAUAAGUUGUUUUAUCUUCAGCUUCUUAAAAGAUCCUCGUGUUCUCGGAGAAGAGUCACUAGCAGAACGAACGAACCAAGGAAUUGUGGCAUUGUUUGUAAUUACUACGUUCAUAUAAAUGACCGCAAGACGCGGAACACCAUCAGCAAAGCAAGAAACGGUAGCAAUAGUAGCUACACCGAGAGCAAUUCCAAGCUAACCUCAUCAUGUCAUCGGCACCGCGAGAAAGCGUCAUGACAGCACCGGCUGGUGCUGUAAACAGUAACAAGUUCAAUAUCGUAGGAAGUGGAACAAGUAAUCCCAUCUCCCAAGGAGCAGGCGCAGCAAUAGAAGGACACAGUUAUAGCAAUAGCAACGUUGUUACCACAGUAACACAUCAGCAGCAGCAGCAGCAGCAGCUCCCGGACGGAGCAGCAAGCAACCGCCUUCGGCAUCAACAACCGGUGGUCCAUCAACAUCAUCCGCUGUUGGAAUGCAACGAAACCGUCGCGGCAGCAGCUAGCGGGCUGCAACAGUUGUCUAAUGUUGCGGCCGCUCUUAAGCUGAGGGGUGAGUGUGCCGGUGGUGGUACAACAACAACAACAACAGUACAGUAUUCCAACAUGAUCUGCACAAGUUAUGGUGCGGCGGGGACGACGACCACGCUGAGCAGCAAUAGCAGUAACAGUAGUUUUAGCAAUAAUAGCAGCGUCGGCGCCCCUAUCACCAGUAACAGCAAUAGCCACAACAGCAGUAGCAGCAGUAGCAGCAGUAGUGGGAACCAGAUGAGCAACAGUAUCAAUGUACCAGCAGAUGGAGGCAAUCGUAUGCAAGUGCUAAGUAACGUGACGCUUGUUUCGAAGAGUCAGCAGCAGCCGCAACAACAGGCUCAGCAGCAGAUGCAACUACAGAUGCCGCAGACGACGGCGACGUUCAAUUACGUCGAUUCGAAUGGCAAAAAUAUUAACGUCUUCACUUCGCUCUGUGGAAAGCUGGGCUCGAGCAAGCUGAUCAGUUUGCCAAUAGCGAAGAUGAAACAUCUCAACAACCAUCAGCAGCAGCAACAUUCGUUCGUGGGUUCACCGUCGCAGCAGCAGCAUCUGCUGACCUCUGCCGCUGGUUCUUCCGUACCGCAGCCACAUGUAGUGCCGACAGUGUCCAUUGCUAGUGGUGGUGGUGGUGGGAUUCUAACCAGUAUCAGUAAUAGCAUUGCAUCGUCGGCGACAACCACGACGAUGGUGCAGAAGCUUACGGUGCCUCGAAACAUUCAGCUCGUAACCAGGAUACCGACGAAUAGCAACAGUUCGGCACCAACACAAACCACAGCAGCAACAGCAGCACUAAGCAAUGGCAGUCGCAUUCUGCAACAACAGCCACAGCAACAAAUUCAGUACAACAGCUCGAUCGGACAGAUUCAGGAUACAGGAGGCGGUGGUGGAUCAUCAGUAGAGUUGAAAAACGUAGUGACAACCGCACACGUGAAACCCAUCCCGGUUACUAGUAAGAGCAAAGUCAGCCAAAAUGCAUCACUCAAAAUGCUGCAGCAACAGCAGCCAAGAUUGUCGAACGUGACGCUAAAGCCGCUGGCCGUCAUGAAGCAGCAGCAGCAGCAGCAGCAACAACAACAACAGCAAUCGGCAGCGGUUAAUGUGAGCCUAAAGACAGUCCGAAACAGUCCGUCGUCAUCGCAAAAGGGUGCCAAUGUUUCCUCUUCGAUGUUUUACAUGAAGAGUAAUAAUAGUGGCGCUACAGCAUCGGCAGUAACAUCCAGUGGUUCGCCGCUCGAGUUGCAGCAGAUGAGCUCGGUUUACACAACAUCAACGGCACAAGCUGUCUAUCACAAUACCAGUCCCCAAGCUUCUACCAUCCCGCAACAACAUGCCCAGAUGAUAAUUCCCGUGUCGGCUUACGGCCAGCAAAGUACCGGUAGCAGCAGUACCACCACACCACUGAACAGCAUUAAACUAACGACCCCAAUUCAUCACAUCCUGGGCGGUUCGAAACAAGGCGGUGGUCCGGGUGGUGUUAACAUGCUGAAAUCGGGUAAGAAUCAGCUGAUACAGAUUCACCAGGUGUCAUCUCAGUCACGGACACAAUCGCCCCAGCUGCCGGCACAGAGUACGUACAUAGGGGCCGGAGGCCAGCAGCAGCAUCAGCAGGUUGUUUUGCAACAAACGCCACACACAACACCUGGCGCUGUUGGGACUACGAUGAUGAUAAACGUGCCCACCUCGCUCACUGGCGGUAGUAAGGUAUCGAGCGGUGGCCGAUUUACGCCUUCUUCCUCUUCUGCGAUCAGCAGUGCGGGCAAUUACAUUGUCAGCUCCUCCAGCAGUGCAACCGGUGUGGGCAUGUUCGGCACGACUGCAACGUUCACAACGACAACUUCUUCGCCAAUCUCAUCAUCAGCAAUCGGACAUAAAGGAUUAAGCAAUCUCUACACAGCUGCUGCAACCGUUGGAGGAUACGAUCAGCAGACAUUUGCCGAUGCAGUAUCAAAGUACGGCGGUGGAAAGGGCAGUAGCAGCAGCUUAUCAAACGCGAUAAACAAUCCGUCGGCACCACCGACCACCGGUGGUAGUCCGUCGGCAGUGAAAUCGGGCAAAAGUGGUGCUGCUGCAGGUGGCCGUGGACGUAACAAUAGUGGCAGCCAGCUUCAACUGCACAGUUCCGGCCCUCUUGCUUCAUCUUCUCCCGUCACCGGUACAUCGCAGCAUUACGUUGCUUUGGAUCAUCAGACAAAUAUGUCGCUAGAGCAACAAGCGUUAGGGAAUCAUACGGCAUCGUCACCAUCAUCGUAUCGUUACGCGUACAGCUCUUCUCCCUGCGGAAUGACGUCCACUAGGACGGUAACGACAACGCCCGGUGCACCCAGUCCAUCCGUCGAUGCGGAUAUAAUUUACCUUAACGGACAGUCCGAUGAAACGGCUACAGCGAGGAUACUGCAAAGUUUGUCACAAAAAUCGCACGAAACGUCUGGCAGCGCGGCAAAGAUUAUGUACGGCACGAACAGGCACCAUUCGUACGAGCCCGCCCAAUCGUCCGGUUCAUCGGGGCCGACGAUGGUUACGGGUCGCCAUCGUUACGAUUCAUCCAGUUCGACGGACGGUCGCCGAAUGAGUGGAUCCGUCGAAGCUACAACGAUCCUGUACGCGGAUAGCAUACCGCUGAAAGAAUGCAAUACGACAGGUACGUUUCCUCACGGCACUGCAGGACAUUACUCAUCCCGGGAUGAUGAGGAAGGAAACAGCAUCGAGGUACGGCCAGGGCCGGUAGAUCCAUCGGCCGGUUUGUUCUACAUACUGCAGGCAAUAAUGCAGGAUCAUACCUAUUGCGAGCCAAUGGCGACAAAUGUCACCGACCACCAUCAGAACGCUUUUACAGCGCCGGGAAUAAUUUCGCAAAACAUCGCUUCGGUGCAACAUUCCACUGCUACAUCUGCUCUUGCUGGUGGUAUCGAUAUGACGAUGAUGACGCCUCAGUCAGCACUAUCUACAGCUGGGCUGAAUCCUUCCACGACGAAAACGAUGGCCGCUCCCGCUUCCGUCGCUCCAUCCGGUAUCGGUAGCACGAGCAUGAUGUUGCCAAUAUCCCAGAUGAACCUGGCCAAACUAACUUCGGCAGCCGCCGCGAGUGAAUUGCUUGGAACCUCGAAAGGUGUUGGAUCGGGCGCCAUGUUUGAGCUGAACCAGGUUUUAUACCAGGCUAAGGGAGGCUUGUCAACGGCCCGACCAGGGGCCAACGAUGACAAUGAUGAUGCACAGUCGGUUAUCAGUAACGGAUCCCGGACCGGGCACGACAAUGAUUUAGGCGAGGAGACGGAUACGGCACCGGAAGGUGAAGGGGAGGACGAUUCUGUGACGCGUUGCAUCUGCGAUUUAACGCAUGAUGAUGGUUACAUGAUAUGCUGUGAUAAAUGCUCCGCCUGGCAGCAUGUCGAUUGUAUGGGAAUCGAUCGGAUGAACAUACCGGACGAAUAUAAUUGCGAACUCUGCCAACCGCGCCCCGUCGACAAGGCACGAGCACGCCAGCUGCAGCUACACAAGCGCAAAGAGCAGAGCCUGUUUUUCGCAAACAACAACGUAGCUGUUCCCGGAGCAGCAACACCAACCUCCUCACUAACGCUAACGGACGGUGGGGGCAGUGUAUCAAGCACAAACCAAGAACAAUUGCCACCGACACCGCCACUAAGCGUGAAGGGUGGCAAUCAUCAGUACGCCGCCGGCCAUCAUCACCAUCAGCAGCAAUAUCAGUACAGCGAUGUGAUGUCCCAUCAGCAGAGUAAUGGUGGCGCAACGAAUCAUGCCGUCCCAGUGACACCCGCAAAAGGGUCGAAAAAAUCGCGAUCGGGUGGAGGAUCGCGCAAAAAAUCGGACAGUGUAUCGUCCUCGACUUCAACGGUUGGUCCGAUUAUGCUCGGGGCCUCCAAUAACAGUUCCAUCGCGAUGAAUAAUGCGAUGAGUGCGUUGGUUCCAAAUAGUUGCGCUUCGACAGUAGCGGGAGCAGCAGCAGCAGCAGCGGUAGCGGGCGCAGCAACAUCAUCAUCGACAAUGAUGAUGGUGUCUGGUGGUGGUAGUGAGGGCAUAGUGGUAGGAGGGAGUCCAUUACGAGGAGCGAUGAUGUCGUCUGGUGGAGUACCUAUGAUGGAUCCGGCAAUGGGGGCGUUAAACCCUUCCACAUCCAUCUCAACAACGACAAUGCCCGCAUCAAUGUUCUGUGAUAGUAGUAGUAGCAGUGGCGGAGCCUCGAAAAAGCUGAGCAAAAAAGCGGAAACAGCCCUGAACAGUCGAUUAAACGGGGGAAAGCGUGUUGUAGCCGGUAAGGAACUGCGCUCCGUUGCUGCUGCAGGUGCGCCCACGGCAGCCGCCUCGAGACCAUCGAAGAAAAAGUCGAAAAGCGCCGAACAAAGCACGGAAAAGUUGAUGAACAUGAUACGGACCUGGAUCGACAGCUACGAACGUGCGACAACUAACCAUUACUCGCCGGAGCUGCGAGCGAGGUUGCAAGCCUUUGCCAAGCUUCAGGCACAAAAUCCACUGCUGACAGACAGCCGGCUGCUGACGGUGGUACCGGUCGGGGCGAAUCACACCCCACGCUGUACCACGGUGCCGCAUGCUGGUGGAAAAAUUCUCAUUGGCACGAGUGACAUCGAACCGCGCACGCCGAUCAUCGAGGUACGUGGAAAGUAUAUGCUUACCACGCAGCACAAACAGCUGCAGUCGCUGUUUAACAUGGCCGCUAAUGGAAAGCUAAGCCAGAACAAGAAUGCCGGCCCGUUCCUGUUUCUCUACCAGCUGCCAGCGGCUGGAUGUGGUGGGAUGGAGCUGUGCGUGGAUACGCGCACGUACGGAAACGAUGCACGCUUCGUGCGACGGUCGUGUCGGCCGAACGCGGAAUUGCUGCACAGCGUGGAGAAAGGCGUGGUGCAUCUGUACAUCGUUGCGACGACAAACAUCAAGUCAAACACGGAAAUUACCAUCCGCCAUGAUGAGCAGCUGAUCCAUCGGAUGGGAGGUGUUGUCAUUCUGACGCAUACCACCGUAACAAACGUGUGUGCGUGUGGGUUGAUAAAGGAUUGCGCUUAUUCCGCGCAGCUGAACGACUCUACGGCAACGGCUCCUGCAGCUGGCGCGACCGCGGGAGGAGUAGCAGCAGGAUUGGGGGUGGGAGGUGGCGGUGUCAAGGGUGGCAAGGCAGGAUCAAAGCGAGCGCUUGCCGAGAGCGGUGGUGGGCUGCUGGAUCAGCACGGAAAGCCGGGUAAAUCGAAAAAGACGCGUAGCAACAGUACGCGGUCGAUUUCCUCGAGUGGUGGUGAAGGCGACGGGCUGCUGUUCGGGACAUCUCCCGGUGGUGGUUGUUUGAUGUCACCGCCAGCAUCAUCUCCGAUGCCACAACCAAUACCGAUGCUACCCCAGCAGCAACAGCCAACACUGGCUCAAGAACCGAUGCUGUUAGGUCCUCCUACGAUGGGUUCUCCUGUAACACCACAACCAACUGGAAUGGGUGCUGGAGUUGGAUCACCUUACCUGUACUGUCAGACACCGGCUGGCGUGCAACAACCAAACAUAAUGCCUUCCCGUAUGUCGUCACCGUAUCACCAAUACGAAGUGAAUGUUCCUCUUCGUUCGCCACCACCACCAACAACGAUUCGAUCGCCGCCGUCUGGAGCGCCACCUAACCCGCCGACGCCGUUAACACUGGCAACCCCCCACCAACAAUCGCCGGUGAAAAAGCAACUGCACCAGCUGCAGGCACAUUUUCAAGAGCAACAACCGGAAGCCGCUGCUGCGCUGCUAGCAAUGGCGGCAUCUGGGGGUGGCGGUGUUGCAGUAGGAGCAGCUGCAACGGGAACGGGCGGUUGUAUCGGAUCACGCCCCGGAACGGCAGCACUCGAUCCAGCGCUGCUUGAGCACGGCACACGGAUGGAGCUGAUCCAGCAGCAGCAGGAAUUGCAUCGACUCGAAAUCAUGGAGGAUGUGAUAAAGGUGAAGAUAAAACCAUCACCACCGAGCUCACCGCUGAAACAGGCAGGCGCGAGAAGUUCUCCGGUUUCGUUACUGCUGUCACCGAACAAACCAACACAGCAGCAGCAGUCGAUGUCGCAUGGAGCGAAAGAGAUUAGUGGCACUGUUCUCUUUCCCCAGAUAAAGGAAGAACCGGGAACGAGCGCCGGAAUUCCUGCCAAUGUGGAUGUAGUGAUAGAUGCGAUGAAACGGGAGCAGCAGCAGCAGCAGCAGCAGCAUCAGAUUGAGAAGAAGGAUGUUCUGCUGUACCCGUGCACUGCCGGUGUCGCACAGCCUGCUGUAUCUUCGGCAUGCGACGUGAAGGAUGCGAAAGAGGCUGGUGUCGUUUGUGAGGUGAAAGUUGAGGCUGAAGAACAGCAACCAACACCACCACCGCCAGUUUCAGUCGCGGUAGGUGAGAGUGUUGGGGAUAUUACUAUUAAAACGGAGCCACAGCUAGGAAUCGAAAAGAAGCCGGAGCCACAACAACAACAACAACAGCCCACCGCCAUUGGGUUUGAACAACAAUCGAUGAUGAUUGGAAUCGGUUCUUCGUCUCCAGUGAAGCGCUCCAGUUCACCUAACAAUCAUCAUCAUAAUCAUCACCACCAUUCGGCGAGCAAAAGCAAACGAAGUAGCGGAGAACAGCUUCAGCAGCAUAAUACCUCCUCAUCCGGACGGUCGGAGAAGAAGCAAGCGACGGAAAAGCCGAGUCGCAAGCUAACGCGCGAAGAACGCAAAAUGGAGGCAAUCGUGAAAGCGUUCGCCAAGAUGGAGCAAUCCCAGCAGCGCAAGCAGGAGCUGAAGGAGCAGCGCAAAGAUGGCGGAAUAUCCAUCCCGGGCAGUAAGCGGCGUAGCAUCUCCACCUCGAACACCGACGAUGGCAAUAUGGCGUUGCUGGAUGGUGGUGGUGUAUCGUCCAGCGCAAACACUUCGUGCGAUAAUGGCGAUCAAUCGUUUGGCAACAGUUCAUCGUUCAACGCGGGCAACUCCUUCUCCAGUGGCGGUGGUAGUUGUAGUGGAAGCAGUAGCAGCGGCGGUGGUGGUAGCAAGCGGAAAAGUGGCGGUGGAAUCCGAUCGUCAUCGAAAACGCGUUCCUCGAAGAAAAAGAAGAGCAAGGCAGUGAGUCAACACUUUGCUUCCUCGACGCAGCAACGGCGGAAGAAGCUUGCAGCAGCAGCAGCUCGAUCCAGAUCGAAAUCGUCGAAAUCGUCGACCGGCGGUAGUAGCCGGGUGCAAGCGCAGCAGCAAAAGCAGCAGCAACACGAGCCGAAGGACCAAUAUCACCAGCUGCCUGCGGGCGCCAACUCCAGUACUGCUGAGGGUGAAGUUUAUGGUGGUGCCAGCCAUUACGAUAAAGCGGCUGAGCUGCUGCUAACCUUCUCGCAGUCGGCAACUAGUAGCAGUGGCGCGGCACAGCUGAUGGGUGUUACCUCGACGAACGUUGUGGGAGAAACGCCUGGCAUGGCCGGCGCUGGAACUGGGAGCCUUCCGAUGCUGAGCUCCGCCUGCAUGCUGAUAGAAGCUGCCGUUGGGCCGUUGGAAACUGCUUCCACAAUGCUAAUGGGAGGGCGUCCACUAAACCAUCUGCCCAGUUCGGUGCUGGUGUCGACGCCCUCUGCACCAUCUCCACCCGUGAUUGGUGCUACCCUGGAGUCACCCUCACCCGUGGAACAGCAGCAGGAUUUUAAAUAUCCGGCAAAGGCCAAAACGAAAAAAAGUAUGUCUCGAGAGUGGCUUAGUGGGCACCAGCUAGCGAUGGAGCAAGGCGAUUCCGGUUAUGCGACCACCCCGACAGAAGAUCGAAACAUCACGGGCAGUGAAGUGCUCACCCACCAUCGACAACCCUUACAUUUGAAGACCAACUUUGAGGAUCGUCCAACCGUCGUCGGUCCGGGAGACGGUGGCAACAUAAUGAUUGCGGCCAAGAAGGUGGAAGAGUUCAUCAUGCAAAACUCCCCCCAGCCGGAUGACAACGCGACUUCCCAUUCUUCGACUCCAUCCCAUGCGGCAAGCGUUGUUGCUUCAUCUGCGCAACAGCACAGCGGCACGAAUAAAUGGUCCUCUGGAGAGGUGGGAAGUACGGGGGGUAGUGAUGGAAAGAUGGAGAGUGCCGCGGUUAAGAAAAGAUGGCUAAGGCAAGCAAUAUCCGAGGAAACGGAUGAACAUCCUGGCGGGGCGGGAGGAGGUCCCGGAGGAGUUGCGUUGUUACAUUCGUCAUCUUCGUCAUCGUCCUCACCGCCUCCCCCGAACGGGUUUACGACACCAUUGAAGAAGCGUCGCGUUAUACGAGAAAAUCCACUCACCUCGGACGCGGUUGUUUCCUCAGAGUCGCAACUUCAGCAGCAGCAUAUGCAACAGCAGCAAAUGUUUGUCUCGACGAAUGCGGCCAUCCCGUCUAGUUUGGUGGUCAGCUCAACGACGAGUGGCGGAGCGCCUAACAAUAGUGGCAUGUUCUGGGACCAUUCUGUAUCUCCGGAGAAGCAAGCGAUGGAUUUGUCCUCGCAUCGUGCUCCGCCUCCACCACCACCACCAACCACGAGCGGUCCAGUGAAAAUGCUUACUCCACUGCAUUUUGCUGACCCUGGACCAAUGCCAACAGCAAGCGAUCCUAGUAUCACGCCAUCGGUACCAUCCCCUUCAUUGGUGCCGUCAGGAAUGCAAGAGCUCCCUCCUACUACUCUUGCCGUGCACACGCAGUUGCAUCUCGGGAGUGGUAGCGUAGGUGUGGCACCACCUCAACACUCUCACCUUCAUCAUCCGCACCAUCCGUAUCCGAUGUUGCAGCAAAUCCAACAUCAACCGCACCAUACGCUUCCACUAGCGAUGGCCGCACAGAUUCAGUACGAAACGAGCGUGGUGAUGGAGGAACCGUCAGCUGGAAAUGUUGAACCACCACCAUCACUGCCACCGGUGAUUGCCGAACCGCAGAGUACGGUGGUGAAAGGACAGUCCGAGGACGAGGAUGAGUAUACGGCAACAAAAACUGGUUCGCCUGUAACUACCACUUCUCCGGCAGCCUACACAGAGCCACCGGCAGAAGAAAUCGUCGAACAGGUAGUUGAGGAGGAGCAGCAGCAGCAGGGGGUGGUAGAGCAAGAGCUGGAAGAGGUGGUGAUGGUCGAACAGGAGGAAGUGGUGAUGGUCGAGCAGGAAGAGCUUAUGCAACAAGACGAGGAGGUGGUUGUCGAACAGGAGGAUAUGGUGGUAGAAGAGCAAGAGGUAGUAGCGGAGGAAGAGGUAGCGGAGGUCCAGGAGCAGAAAGGUGAGCCCACAAGCCAAAGCCCCCUUAUUCAAACUGAUGAACUCGAGCCUUCGAUGGAGGUUGCCAUGGAAUCGGAGGCUGGCGAAUUGUCGGAUCCAGCGAACGACAGCAAAUCGUCUACGUCCAGCAAAGGGAGCCAAAAGUACACGGAGCACGAUGUAGACGAAUUCGCCGACCUGGUAGAAGAGAUUGUGCAAGAGUCGUACGAGGUCGAGCAGAAGAAAAAGGCGGCGGCUGCAGCAGCGGCAGCAAAAAGAGAGUCGUGUGCUGCCAAUACUGAAGCAAAACAUCAGGAGAAACUCAAAUCGGGACAUCAAGCGGAUCCGACGGCGGAUGUGGAAUUUGCUGCAGCUAUGAGCUCUGGUUCUUCGGUGUCGGUGCCGGAAAAGGAGAAGCAGCGGGCCGAUACGAAAGCUUCACCCAAAAAGUGUCUCGAACAAUCGAAAAAGAAAGCGAGCAGUGCAGUGGAAGGUGUUGAGUACUGCGAGGAGAAAGAAGGGAAAAGCGCCGUGAUGGCACCAUCGGAAGAUAAGCGUGACACAUCGGGCGCAGAAUCGCUGUCAUCGACUUUUGAUGAAAUCGUCGAAUCGAUUGUCGAGGAACGAUUGGCGGCCAUGAACGAUGACUGCCCGCCCGAAGUGAUCGACGACGAUACGGACGGCGGUGCUGAGGAAGAGUCGGUGUUGGUGUACGUGCAGGAAGAGGAAGAGGAAAGCAACACCAAGGAGGUGCGGAUCGUAGACGAGGACAGCGAGGAUGCGUUGAUGCGCGAGGUCGAGGAAGAGAUGUUGGAGAUGAUGUCGGAAACAAGCCAACUGCGGCAGGGUCUACCGCGUUCACUGAACGAAGAUGAAGAAGAGCGUGACGUCCGAUUUAUAGCGGAGGAAGAGGACGGUGACGCUGUAAAGCCGGAUGCAGUGAAACCUGCUGCAGAAGAAUCCACGACGAAGCCGCCGACCUCCAAAGCAGAGUGGAGUGCGCCAGUCGCGAGUUCCUCGCCGAAGCAUGUGGCCAAUGGUACGAAGGAAGAAUCGAAACGGACGCUACCGGCGCGUACCACCGGUGCUGCUGGUACGGAGGACAGCGAACAGAGCGAAUUGGCCGAUCUGCAGAAGGUGAUUGCGUCCUUCCACUCGGAAACGAUCAACAAUCUGAUCUCCCGCAAUCGCAGCAAGUCGAAGAAAGGAGGCAGCAGCAGGAGCAGCGUUUCUUCACCGAAUGCCGCCGAGAGCAAGAAGCAAGUGAAGCUGAACUUUGACCUGAGCGUCAAGGAUGAUGCUGUGAAUGUUACGCUGCAGAAACCAUCUUCGGAAGUUAGAAGCGGCGAAGGGUCUGCCUCGGAGGUAACCUCCGUCACAGCGGCGUUACCUCCGAUGGUUCUGCCACCUUCGUCAGUGUCUGUGCUGGCAGCCUCAACAACGCUAGCGACCUCCAACAGUGUGUCCACAAUAAUACCGAUACCUGCUUCUUCCCUCGGCAACAGUACGGGUGUGGGAAGCGUAGUCAUUCCAUCGGUAACCACGUUCGGUAGUGAACCUAUCCGAUCGUUCUCGACACUUCGUCCGGAUCCGCCCAUGUCGGCAGGUUUGGUCGCUGGAGGGCAUCUCAGCACGCUCGGUGGCUACCAUCUCCAUCAGCGUAGAGGCAGUGUCACAGGUUCCUCGUCAUCCUUCCUAGACUACCCGGGAAGCGGCGCUGGAUCGGCAUCGGCAGCGACAGCCGCUGGAACACCGUCGAACGUCAGCGCAACGGGAGGAAUCUAUCAGUACCGUUCGGAGGUGUCUAAUCUACUUGAACGUACCGCAAUGCUAGCACCACUUCAUCGCCCUACAAGCUUCUCCACGCUUGGUUCACUCACGUCUUCGCUGGUUGGCACCGUGGGAAGCGUCAAAUCAUCGCUGCUUCUCGGAACAACCGAAUCACUGUCCACGCUGGGCAGUACGGCUUCAACCUCCAUCGUCGGCGGAAGUAUAACACCCACGGGAACAACCCCGACCGGCGGUAUACCUGCCGUUGGCUCGUACCCGAAGAUAUUCACCAAAACCGCCAGCUCAGAUCCGCGGCUAAAUCCGGCACUGGUAGCAGCAGCAGCGGCAGCAGCAGCAUCGACCGGUACGGACGCGUCCUCUUCCACCAGCGCAACAGGUCCGGCAAGCGCUCCAAUAACUCCAAAGCGCAAGCUCUCCAUCACCGAGUACCGGAAGCGAAAGCAGCAGUCUUCAACCGAGGGUACCGCUUCCUCCUCGACCGGCUCCACUCCAACGACGCCCUCCUCAACAGGAAUCGGAGGAUCAACAACAAGCCUUUCCUCUUCGCUAUCGGCAGCAGUAUCAUCCGCGUCGGCUCUACUCGCAUCCAAGGGAAGUAGUAGGCGGGAAAAUUGCACCACCCCUAGCGGUUCGUCCGCAGUGAGCAGUGCCAUCAGCAGCAACGAUGUGAGCAGUUCGAUCAGCCGUGAGCUGAUCAUGGCGCUGGACAUCGUCGAUCUACCGGAGGAAGCGAAAUCGGGCGACAAUUCUAACUCGUCGUCCUCGUCGUCCAGCAUCGGUGGUAGGGGAGGAGGCGUUCGGACGUCGGCUGGAGGAGGAGCGGGAGGAACGGCGGGAUUGAGCAAUGGAACGUUGGGUAAAUUGAGCGGGAAGGAUUCGGGUGCUGCCAGUGGUGGCAGUAGCUCGCCAGCGGACUCUUCUGCCGCUUCGAACCACCAUUCGCUGCAUAACCAUCAUCACCACCACCACCACAACCACUACGAGGGACUUUCGGCAGCCGAAGAAAUAACCACCACAUUCAGUGCAACACCAACGCUGGCUGAGUUGCGCAGCGAGGGCGGAAUGUCGGCGGAACGACUGAAAUCGCUCAAAUAUUUCCCCUAGAGCGGUCGGCCAUGUGUGUUUCCCCACCGUCAGUAGCAAUGCUAGCGCUCGUACAAGACAUGCGGGUCAUGUCGUUAGUUGAAAAGGAAAAACAAAAUAGCGACACCCCCAACGUAGUGCCGUGCCGCGCGGGAUAAUUGACCAAUCAACAAACAACAACACACACACACAAAUAGGGCUUAGAAUUGUGUAUAUAGGUAUGAAGCAUUUUCUGUACUUUCAAUCAGUAGCUCUUGGUGUAAAAUACACACUCAGGAAAGACAAGAAGCAAUAGGGAGGAAUGGAAGGAAUUACUAAUCUACUUAACCUUGCUCUGACGGUUUCGAGGAUUUAUUGAAAUCAUCGUGAGAAGAGACGAAGGAGUGAGGUUCGGGAGGAGUAUGUUGUGGAGACCGGGUGGGCAGCAACCCCCUCGCACAAUCGGUGGUUAGUUUUCGUAUAAAUCUGUCCCGCGAGGCGACCUCUCCACCUUGUGGAUAGGGAAAAAAGAGCACAAACGAGGAGAUUCAAUCAAAAAAAGGGUGUGUGGGAGAUUUAGCGUGAAUAUCAAAGCAGAAACCAACUAAAAUAAUCAAACAUUGUGGAACAGAAGAAGGGAUAGAGACGUAUACACACGCAAGCACACGACGCACACGACAGCAAAAUGGCCUGCAACCACACACACACACACACACACCUAGUACAAAGUACAAAGCAGAAGCAGUAAGGAGCGGGAGAGGGGCAACACACAGGGAAUAAUAACGGAAGAGGCCACGGAACAGGAUGAACGUCGAUUAAUCGAAUCGAUAAUAUAUAUAAUAUAUACAUAUAGAACAUUAUUUUGAUAAGUUUGAAAAUAAUUUAACAAGAAAUACACAGUAAGAUAGAUCUAAGCUACCACGAGAUAGCUUUCGCAGGCCUUCAAGGGAGGGAACAGUUGGGGAUGGAAAGUAGAUUUACUUUUUUAAUAUUUUCUUAUUAUAUUUAGUUACACAAACCACCACCACACACACACAGACCCACACACAAGCAGAUAAAUUGUGCUCUCGAAAGUUGCAAGGUGCGGAAAGAACAUUGAACAGAAUUUUGUAUUUAGCUUUGUUUUCUUUUGUGUGUCGAUAUUUUAUGAAAAGUUUUUAAAGUUGUGUUGUGUGGGUGUGUGUGUGUGUGUAGAGCGACAGAAAGCCACGUGUUGUUAGGAUUUACCAGUAACAGUUUCAUCAUUCACUUUACCCACUGUUGUAAUGGCGUUAAUAAUAACCGUUGUAAUCAACAGGCAGUAAGGCAACACACGGGAGCCAUUACAUGUGAACUGUUGUUCUCUUGUUUUUAUUCGAAUUCCUUUUUUUCCGAUUUACUAACCUCCCUACUUCUUUUUUGCUGUUUGUUUUUACUUAAUUUUCUUGCCAUGAAAGCUAAGCUAAUAUUUUUUUAUUCAAUUUUGUGAAGGCUUUAGAGAAAGAGAAAAGGUGUGAAAGAUGACACAAAAUCUCUGUUUUCUUCAUCCUAUUCUCGCUUGCUCUUCUUUUUUUCUUCUGCGUUAGAAAGCCUAGCAACGAACGAGGAGAGCAAAAAUUGCACAAGCAACCAGAGCCUACUAAUUUCUAAUUAAAUUUUUAAUAUUUGCAGUUUUAUCUUGUGCUUAGUGUACCUUUUAUCCAUCUCAUUUACCAUCUGUCUCUCUCACUCUCUCUUUUGUGUUUGUUGUGUCAUAAAAAGCUUUCCAGAAGUGAGAAGCACCUCGCUGCUGUGUAGUAUAUAUAUAUAUAUAUAUAUAUAUAUAUGUGUAUAAAGAAGUAGACUCGUAAGCGCAUUAAUCAAUUUGCAACAGAUGGAGCAAAACAGUGUAAUUAUUUGUAAGAAACAUUUCAACAAUUUUUAAACAAACAACAUAGCUCUGAACCGUCAUUUCGUAGUAGAUUGCGCGUUAGAGUGUGUGGGUGUGCGUGACACCUUUAACUUAGCAUAUGGAAUCGCCAACAAAGGUGGGGUAACAUUGCUAAGCUAAAGUAAUGUACAUAGGGAACCGGAAGCAGAGGACGACUUACUCUAACACACAUACACACACAAAUCUUUUUAAAACAACCUCCUGUAAAGGGACAUUCAGACACUCUUUACUACUUACGAUAAGAAUCCCAGUUGGCGCGAUAGGUGGGUGCGUGUUUGAUGGGUUGUGUGGACAAGCAAAAGCGCAGCAAGUAAAGCUCAUACUAUACAUAUACAUGUAUUAUAUACACAUAUAACUUAUUAAAACCACACACACACAGCUAAUACUAGUACGCCUAGUGUGUAAGGAAAGGCAAAAGCUUAUUGCGCGCUCUAUUAUGUACAGGAUGAGUAGGGAAGCUGAGUUGUUUCGGCGACCAAGUUAAUUAUUUAAGCGAAAAGAGCAAGGGGAAAUGAAAACAAUUACUACCACAAAACGCAACGUGACAAACACCAGUUUCAUUAUUCAAAAAAAAAAGAAGCAGAAACAAACAAACACAAGCAUUCGAAACACAGUUUGCAGAUAGGGGGUCGCCCUUUUAUGCGCGCGCAAUAAUUUGUAAGUAUUGUAAAGAAGCAAAAGAAAAGCAACACUUUUAAAGAUGAUAAAAUUACUAUAAUUUGAGACAAAAAAGGAAAAUUUCAUCCAAAA